CAUGACUACCACCACCGAGGCAAUACUGCCGGCCAACAACGAUAUUUCGAAUAUCCCACAAGAUCUAUCACACCCCCCGCACCUGCAUCACCUGGCGGCGUCCGUUCUCCACAACCUGCAAUACCAACAUGAUUGGACCUCGUUGUCUGUUCAUACUCAUUCAACGCUGACCGGUCUGCCUCUCCCUCGACCCGUGGUCUCCGGUCUGCCACCUAAAAGGGCCUAUAUACAUCCUGAUGAGCAAGUAGAGAUUCUGAAAGCGGAGCAUGAGGCUGGCAAGCCCAUUGAACAGUCUCCAGAGCAGGAAUGGGUCUUGCCAAGUCACUGGGAAGAGAAGUGGAGCUUGGCGAAGUUGGCAGCUAUCUUCGAUGCCCUUGAGACUGUACCGCCAGGCGACAACGAUUCACACGAGGAACAGGCAAAUGUUGUUGGGCGCCAAUGGCGAGGCAAAAAUCGGCAGAAGAGGCUGCUCCUUGCCACGUUGCACGAUGAUAGCACUGUCGUUUACUACAUCAUGCAUGAUGGUAUUGUCAAACCCAGACAGAACUGAUACCUGGUUGGGAUGAAUCACAGUGAAAUUCGACUAUACAGAAAGCCCGCAAGCCGCAAGCCGCAAGCCGUGUGCUCGGCAGGCCACUGCAUGGCUUGACUAUAACUUGGGCUUCGACAGAGACCCACGCCCCAAAACCCGACAUGGGAGUAUCAAGAAAUGGAUAGGGUUGUAUGGGCAAAAGGCAGAGGAACAUGUUUACUUAAAUGCUCUGCGAGCUCCUACGUACCGGUGGGUGGAGAGUUAUCCAAGGGUUGAUUUGCCUUGCGGAAGUGCAAGCCAGGUAGCCGAUUAUGCCUACGUAGGUAGGUUUGUAUGAUAUAUCGAAAUCCAAGUCUUUCGCCAAGACUGGCACUUAAUUUGUUGGUAAUCCUAAAGCCUCGUGGAUCGUUGAAAUUGAAAUUGAUGG